ACGCUCUGAAAAAAACCCAUCAUACAUCAUGGGGAAAAGCAGGACCUGCAUUUUGUGUGACAUAGUCUACAGCUCCAAACAGGAGAUGGAUGAGCAUAUGAGAAGUAUGCUGCAUCACCGGGAGCUGGAGAAUCUGAAAGGCCGCGACUGUGGGCAUGAGUGCCGGACAUGCGGGGUGACUGUGCCGAGCCUGACCGAGUACGCCGAUCACAUCUCCAGCCCCGUGCACAAACAGCGCGUAGAGGCCUACGAGCGGCAGUCAUCCAAAGCGGACCGUGAUGAGGAGUACUUUGAUAAAGAGAUGAUAGAGCUCAUCGAGAAACGCAAAGAGUUAAUCAGACAAGAGGAAGCUGCUUUAAAGAAAGCCAAAGAGGAAGAGGAGGCAAUGAGGAAGUGGCAGGCCAUGAAGGAGCAGUGGCAUGGUCAGAGACCGUGGCUUCACCAGCAAGCAGCAGGUGGUCCCUGGGGCUGGCAAUACCCCAGCUUUCCACAGUCAUCACGAAUUGGGGGUGUCACCAACUGGCAGCAACCACAACCAGGCCCCAGUCCUAACUAUAGCAACUGGAACAACCGACAAAACAGGAGUGCCACUUGGCAUGCCGGGGGGGCCCCUGACCUGCAGAGAUGGGAAUCAUUUAAUGGACGUGGUGGCAGUCUGCACAGUAGAGGAAACUACUGGGGAGGAAGAGAAGGUGCCUUUAGGGGUGGCCCUUCUCAGCCGAGAAUGGCUAACAAAGAAGACAACAGAGGGAAUUAUGAAAGAAGCAAUGACUUCCAUUUGCAACGCCCCAACGUUUUUGGAAACAACAUGCACCUGACUGACCAUCACAAUUCACCAUCUAGAAAUUAUCCUCACCAGAAAACACACAAUAUCACUGAGAGACAUAACAAGGACCUCCACAGCCAGGAAAGCUCCGGUGGAGUAGUUAAUCAUGGUAAAGGCAAAGGUUCCAAAUCAGAGAAGGCAUAUCGCUGGGCACCAUAUCCUCCAGCUGGGCUUGGAGAGCCUUCUUCCCAAACUGAUAAUCAGCCUUCUUCAGAGAAAGUACAUUCAGCCUCUCUUGAACACAAUAAGUAUAGAAGUUUGAAUGCAAGCAGCCAGAACUUGGAAGGUCAGUCCCAGACUGGCCUUGGGAGCGUUGUUCAUGGGCCCUCUGAUCUCCAACAUGGGAACAGUAAGGAAUGCAAAAAGCAAAGCAGCCGCCCCAAUAAGAAGAGUAAAAAAAACAAGCCCAGUCAAGCAUCUUCAUCCUUGCCUUCACCCAGUCACCAAACACACAGCCUCAAGCAUUCCGAAAAACAUGUCAGCACUAAACAGGGAUUGCUGACCAAUGUCAACAGAACAUCAAGUCAAGAAUCUGAAAACUCUAAAGCUUUGAAGCAUUCUUACUCAGGAUGCCAGACCUCACAAGCUGCAUCACUUGACCCAGAGCAGGAACAUCUGCUUUCUGAAAAGUUAUUCAAACCAAAGAAGACCAUGUUGCACAAACAGAGCUCAGAAGAAAAGUAUUCUUUGAAAGACAAAGAUGCUGAACUGCAUAUUGAGGAAGACCAGCUGGUGGGAAUUUCAGGGCUGGACAAAGUGAAUGAGCAAUGUAGAAACAAAAGAAAAUCAGAGGAGUACAAUAGAAAAGGGAAAGAAUUUCUUGAAAGUAAUCCUACACAACAAUCCCUCUCAACAGAAAACACUUUGCAGUUUGGGUGCUCUUCAGAUAACAUUAACCUGUCUCUGCAAUCUCUGCAAGUCAGCACCUCCACCAUGGACCAGGAGGAGGAAGAUGAGCGCAAUGAAAGAGAAAAGCUUGUCCAAGAUACAAUGAUGCAAGCAAUGGAUGAAGGACUUGGCUCAGACAGCGAGUGCAACCAGAUCAACAACACACUUUCCACUACUGGUUGCUCUCUGCCUCCCCUGAACAAGUUAUCCUUGCCGUCCAGUCUCAAACGAGACUUGAACCGGCACAUUAGCCUGAAGGGCAAAGGAGGUGCUCAUGAACCCAACCUGAACAUUGCACGACGCAUCAGAAACUUGAGUGGCUCACGGAAAAGUGAAACUGAGAAAGACACAUCGCUCAAGCCCACACUACGGCAGCUCAUUAGCUCUUCUGCCUCCAGAAGGAAUGUCAACUGGGACCAGGUCUAUCAAGAAGUCCACCGCAAAAAGCAGGAGCAGGGCAAAGGCUUGCCAAGGUUUGGUAUAGAGAUGGUACCCAAUGAGCCAGAAGGUCCAAGCCACAUGGAAGAAGACAUCGAUGUCCCUCUCUCUGAAGGGUUCCAUUGGGACUCUCUGGUUGACUUUAACUCACAGAUUGUACCUGCACGCAAAAGAAGCAUGUCAGAAAGUAGCGUGGUCGCCAAUACUUCUGCUGCAUCCUCUUCUCUUCUCAAAGCUGCUGAACCACCAUCUGUCAGAGACUCACAAAACAACUCUAAACUAAGUUAUCAGUCCAUUUACACACCCAGCGAGAAGGACUGUGAGAUACAAAAGGAUAGCCAGAGUCUGUCCCAGGCCAAAGAACAAACCGAGCCAAUAAUGGAACUGAAGCCUCUCCAAAACCUGGAACUUUUGGAUGAGGAAAGUAGUUCCAUAUCUGGCACUGAACAGAAUGACUUACAGAGUGGAGGGAAGAAACGCAGAGCAGUGGGGGAUGUGGUUUCUCCAGAAGUUACUGAUUUAGAGAGGAAAAACAAAAGACAAAAAAUCAAACCCAAAAAAGAACAAACUCAGCUGGACGAGUUGCUGACUGUAUCUCUGCGUGAAGAGGAACUGAACAGCUCGUUGCAGACAGUGGAUAACAGUUUGAUUCAGGCCCGAGCUGCUUUGCAGGCUGCAUAUCUGGAAGUCCAGCGUCUGCUAAUGGUCAAACAGCAGGUAACCACUGAGAUAAGUUCUCUGAGGGCCAAGCGUAUAGAGAUUCUGCAGGGCCUGCAAGGUGGUUUUGAAUGCCCACAGACAACAAGGAGCAGUGAAGAAAACACGAAUUUGCCCUUUUCAUCUACAGCCAAACAUGCUGCGAGUAAUCCCCCAAUUUCUCCUGCAGUUCUUUUACCCUCCCCUGUUUCCAGCCCAGCUCCUGUUGCCGUAAAACAGGAACGCCUCUCGCCUGUGACCGUCUUCCCGACCAGGCAGGCCACAGACAGUCCCAUGGCCGGUCCUCACAGUACCACACCAGAGAAAUCUGCAGCCACACAAAUGGAAACAGAUGCCGCCUUCUCAUGCAACCUUAACUCAAUAAAGGAAUUUGAAUGUGACCAGGAUGGUGAGGGCAUGUCUAAACCGUGGUUACAGCUGUCUCCUGACCAGCCUUCUCCUCGAGCUUCUCAAGAGCAGGUGUUAGAUCCUCCCUCACCCCCAAUCCCUGCCAAUAAUUCACCAAACCCUGUCUCUCCCAAGUCCACCCCACCUCUGGAUGGCCAGGACACUAAGGCUGGGAAGCGUGUGAGAAAGCUCAAGAAGAAAAGAGUUCUGAGGAAUGCCCAGGGAAGCAAACAGCCUGACAUCAGUGACUCAGAGCUAGAUGCCAGCCAGCCCGUUCGACCCCAUCGCAGGGUGCGACAACGCAGACGGCCCAGCGCUUCCAAUUCCUCGUCCUCUACUGCUGAGAAGAAAGAUAAAAGCAUGGAGGUAGCAGAAGCACUAGAUCAUCCAGAGGCAAAGGAACCAGCACUGGCUCUAGAUGAGAAAGUGACCCAAGGCUCUGACUCCUCAGAGCUAGAGAUGGUGGAACUCCCAAAGGCCGUACCAACUGAAGUGGUGAACUUGGACUCCUCUGAGCCAGAUGAGGUGGGAGCAGAGGAUGAAGCAAGCCUUUCUCAAGCUUUUAAGGAGCCUGCCAAUGAGAGGACAGAAGCCCAAAACCUUGCUUGCAAUGAAGUCACCUCCACCAGUGAACUUGACCCCGGCAGUGCAGUCGUCAGCUGUGAAAGUAUAAAGAAUGAAGAUCUGAUAGAUUCAAAGGAGUCAAAGGCUUCCUCUGGUGCAUCAUCUGACCCAGGUGACGAGGAGGAGCCCACCGAGGGAUCGUUUGAGGGCCAUCAAGAGGCAGUAAACAGCAUGCUGAUUCAUAAUGGCCUGCUGUUCACCUGCUCAGGGGACCGCACCAUACGAGCCUUCAACCUGAUGACCCGUAAGUGUGUGGCCGUGUUUGAGGGGCACAGCAGUAAAGUAAACUCUUUAGUGGUGUCAUCUGGUCCUGGUUUGCCACUGCGUCUUUACUCUGGGUCCAGCGACCAAACCAUUCGCUGCUACAACAUAAAGAAUCAAGAGUGCGUGCAGCAGCUCAGUCUUCCUGACCGUGUGCUUUGUCUCCACAACCGAUGGAAAGUGCUCUAUGCAGGCCUGGCCAAUGGCUCUGUGGUCACUUUUAGUCUUAAGAACAACAAACAACUGGAUGUGUUCGAGUGCCACGGUCCGCGAGCAGUGAGCUGCCUGGCUACGGCUCAGGAGGGAGCGAGACGGGUGUUACUUGUUGGCUCUUAUGAUGCCACCAUCAGUGUAAGGGACGCCAAGAGUGGUCUGCUGCUGCGCACACUAAAAGGACACACUAAAACUGUGCUCUGCAUGAAGGUAGUUAAUGACCUAGUAUUCAGUGGAUCCAGUGAUCAGUCUGUCCAUGCACACAACAUACAUACAGGGAAGCUUGUGAAGAUCUAUAAGGGCCAUUCUCACGCUGUCACUGUGGUGUCCAUACUGGGGAAGGUGAUGAUCACAGCAUGCCUGGACAAACUGGUUCGUGUCUACGAGCUACAGCCUCAUGAAAGGUUGCAGGUGUAUGGAGGACAUUCAGACAUGGUGCUGUGUAUGGUCAUCCACAAGAACAUGAUCUACACAGGAUGUUAUAAUGGAAGUGUACAGGCUGUUCGACUAAACCUGAUCCAAAACUACCGUUGCUGGUGGCAUGGCUGUUCGCUAAUAUUUGGUGUAAUGGAGCACCUGCAGCAGCACUUGCUGAAUGACCACACCAGCCCUACGAAACAGACACUCAAGUGCCGAUGGAGAAACUGUGACUCCUCCUUUCCCUCCCAUAACGGCUUCAAACAGGUAGUGCAUGCUCACAUGCAGAAGCAUGCAGAGCUGGACAGUAAAUUGGAGUCUUGAGGGGUUCUGGAGUGUCAACCCAGAGAACCAAAGUAAACCCCUCUUAUCCCAUAUUGGGAAGAUCUCAUCUACAUCUCAGGAUAGGAGCUCUUUCCUUGUUCAUCUUUUUCUAUGCGUUGUCCGAUAUCAACAGCUACCAUUUAAGAGGGAGUGGACACCAAGCUGUUUGCUUGAUGCUGCAUUUUCAGUAUUUUUUCAUUAGUGUCAUUUAACUGCCUACAGAUGUGUUGGAGACUUUUGGCAUCCAAAGGUCCUUCAGGUUUAUUUUAGAUCUCAUGUUCCUCCCUCUCAGUGGAGCUGUUGGUAUCAUCAAUGCCAAUUUUGUUUCUCUUAUCCAUGUACACAAGAAUCAUAUGUCUAUAUGAAGACAAUGACUAUGCAGCCUUCUGUUACCUUUGGAGGGAUAAAAGUCUACUAGAGAUAGAUGACGCACAUCUCUGAAUUGUCUCUGACUUCUUUCUUAAUGACCAAAUAAAGACAACAUUUCAAAAGAACUGUGGAAAAUACUGUACAAACUUCGGGACAGGCUAUGUAGAGUUGAUACCGCUUCCCCCAGCUAGGACACGUCGUUUAUUAUUUUUAUGGCAUGGGUUUAGGGAUAUUUUUUGUUUGGAGUGGUUUAAAAGUGUGGUACUUGUGUCUUAUUGAGCAUCCAGGUUUUUUGGGAUGAGAAGUGUCUUCUAAAGACACAUCUACACUGUGAGUCAAAAAUGUGACCUCUGUACCUGCCUAUAACUUGUUGAUUAACUUACUAUGUUAUUUACUUUGACAGCCAUUUGUGUUUCCGCUCAACAGCAGCAGACAAUAAUAUUGUAACAUAAAAUAUAAUGGUUUUUACUACUAAGAACAGAAUGAAUUAAGAACUUGUAUCUGCUUACGUUAUAAACUGUAUAAGCAUUGCUUGCUGAGGUUCCAAAAAAAUAGAAAAGGGAGAAUUUAAAACAUUGCUCCGUAUGAUCUGUGAAACUGGUAACUACGAAAGACGAAAGCAAUCACAAACUGUUGCUCAGCCAAGAGGACAAACCUUAGACCCAUCGGUCAACACAUUACAUUUCUAGGGAAACUGGACUUUGAUUGUCCGUCUGAAUUACUCAUCUUGAUUUGCAAGUUAUGAGCAAAGGUACAGAGGUCCCUUUUUUAAAGCACAGUGUAUUUGUUAGGGACAUCAUUUCGUGCUAUAACAGGGUAAAACAACCAGGUUUCAUUUCAAGUUUUAACCAUUUUUUUUCUUUUCUUUUUUUUGAGUGAAAAGAGUGGUUUUUUUUGUUUGUUUUGCUUUGUUUUUUAAAUGUUAUCAUUUACUCAUCAAAUCAUUGAGAAUACAAUAAUAAAGUUGGACACAAUACUAAAAUCCCACUUGUUUUAACCUGUGACCAAUUUCUUGGUUGUAUCCCAUUGCUAGUGUGCUAAUUUGACAAUCCGUUUAGUUCAGUAGUGUGUUCUUUUUGACUCCCUAUUUUUAAACUAGGGAGAUACUUUUAAAAGUCCUUUGUUCAUCAUAUUUUAUGCACUGGAAACCAAUUGGGUUUAAACAAGCAGGUUUUAUGUUACCAGUUUCUGAAAGGGUUAGGUAAAAUUGGUUCUUGGUUGGUUGAAUAUAUAAAGAGGAUCUAAUGAUGAACAUUUUACUUUCUUAGUUAGCUAGCCAGCCAGCAAUCUAGGUCAAGUCCCGAUAGCAUACUGCAUACUAUUUACAUUUACAUUACAUUUACCACUGCUAUUAUUUUACAUUUUUAUUAUUACUUUUGAAUCCCCCUCUUCAUAAUUUCAUUUGUUGUGUUUUGUUUGAUGCUAAAACAAUUGUUUUUUUUUUUUUUCCCUUUUUCUUGAGGGUGGAUAUUUUUAUUUGUACUUUUGUUUGAUGUUAAAUCAUUUGUCUUUUCUCAUUUUUUUUUAUUUAUUUAUUUUUUUGGGGUGGUUUAGCUUCACCAUUAUAUAUACAUUUCUAGAACAAUGACAGUAUGAGGUUUGCGUGGUGCUCACUGAUGUUAAGAUACAGUGGAGGGAAUACUGGUUUGCCGUAAUUCAGAGAAUGCAGUUCAAGGAAACGUUUGCUGAAAGCGACAGAUCCUGAAACGUGAUGGUCGGUGUGCAUAACCUCUUAUCAGCGUAAUGUGUGGGAGUGGUUGUGCCUGAAUAACACAGUGCAGUAUUGUUGCUUGGAUGUGGACUUCACACAGUGAAUUUCACAUUGUAUCUUGAGUGUAUUUAUUUGGGCUCUGUCCUUUUGGGAUUUGAAAGGUCAAUAGUAUAUUGAAACAAUGUGGACAGAGGUGCAUGCAGCCUGGUCCUAUAACAUAGCACUUUGGUCCGUCCGUGUGUGUGUGUGUGUUGAAAGUUGUUGAAGUGAUUAAGGUAGUAGGUGGUUUUAUGGAGUGGAGAGUGUAGAAACAGAAUCCCUCUCCCAUGCCGGAACACUCAGCACACACCCCUAACUAUAAACUGCAGUCUCGGUUUCACUAGCCAUCUUACAAUCAGGCCUAUUUUUACUUUUUAAAGAAUGUACUGUUUAAAUUAAAUACCUUUUCUAGUAACUACUGACCGUGACAACCCCCCCCCCCCCCCCCUUUCCUUUUGUGUGAUGCUGUUGGCAUUAAGCAGAGCAGGUUUUUCUUGUCCUCAGUCCCAUUAGCAGUUUCCUUUUCUCUACAGUGUGUGUAGCUGGGGGAGCAGUGUGUCAGUCUCUUUCCUAGCCGUCCCAAAUUUCUUACAAGUUUUGUUUGCACAUUUCCAUUUAAUACCUUGUUAUAAUAAAAAGGGUUUUUGUCAACCUGGAA